GAUCCAGGGCCGGGGCGGGUCCGUUCCCGUUCCCGUUCUCGUUCCCGAUCCCGGGGCGGAUCCGGGGCGGGUCCGUUCCCGGGGUGGAUCCGGGGCCGGGGCGGAUCUGUUCUCGUUCCCCUUCUCGUUCCCCUUCUCGUUCCCGAUCCCGGGGUGGAUCCGGGGCCGGGCCGGGUCCGUUCCCGUUCUCGUUCCCGUUCCCGUUCCCGGGGUGGAUCCGGGGCCGGGGCGGAUCUGUUCUCGUUCCCGUUCGCGUUCUCGUUCCCCUUCUCGUUCCCGAUCCCGGGGUGGAUCCGGGGCCGGGGCGGGUCCGUUCCCGUUCUCGUUCCCGUUCCCGGGGUGGAUCCGGGGCCGGGGCGGGUCCGGGGCCGCGGCGCAGUCGCAGAAUGAGACCCGCGCAGCGAUGGCCGCGAUCUCGCUGGAGACCGUCCCCAAGGACUUGAGGCACCUGCGCGCCUGCCUGCUCUGCUCCCUCGUCAAGACCAUCGACCAGUUCGAGUACGAUGGCUGUGACAACUGCGAAACGUAUCUGCAGAUGAAGGGCAACCGUGAAAUGGUCUAUGACUGCACCAGCUCCUCCUUUGAUGGGAUCAUCACCAUGAUGAGCCCUGAGGACAGCUGGGUCUCCAAGUGGCAGCGGAUCAGUACCUUCAAGCCAGGUGUCUAUGCAGUGUCUGUGACUGGCCGCCUGCCCCAAGGGAUCGUCCGAGAGCUGAAGAGCCGUGGCGUGGCCUACAAGUCUCGGGACACAGCCAUAAAAACCUGAAGGGCCCUUGUGCUGCCUGGAGAUCCCAGUGCUGCGUGGAAGAGGCAGUGGGUACUGCUCCAAAACCUCUGAGCUUUAUCCUGUAGGGAAGUGGGGCUGGACUCGGAGUGUGCUGGCUCAGCUCCCUUCGCUCAGUACCUCCAGACUCCACCACACCACAGACCACAGACAUUUAUCUGAGCCUUGACAGGGGGGAGGGUGUGAGUAGAGCUGGAAAAGUGUGUUUAAUCAUGAUGCCCAAGCUUUUUUACAAUUGGUGUGGGAAAGAGGGGAUUUGGGAAAUAGCUGUGUAAAUAGUUCAAUAAAACCCACUGCCUGACCAGG